CUGGCUGUCACUUGGGGAAGCACCCCACCCCUGCUUCCUGGCCUGGCUUCGACUGGGCCACGCCUACAGCGCUUGGGCUCCGCCCCUGGUCCUUUUACAUCCGGGUCUUAGCACCCCCAGGUUCGACUGCACAGCUGGAGCCGGGAGGGUGUAUAUUUCCGUCCUCACACGAUCCACUGGACCACUCCUGGCCCCUCCAGCAUGUUCCUAGCGGCGCCCUAUUCAGAGCCCCGUCUGUAUAAUCUUCGUCCCGCCCGCUCCCUGUAGGCCACGCCUCUGCCGUGAGGAGGAACCCUCGGGGCCCAGCCCGGACAUGCCGGCCACUGCAGAGUCCAGCUUCAGUGAGACUGACAAGGAGGUGUUGUCCCCAGUCGCGGCUGCCGCAGCCCCCCCCUCUUCCAUGGGGGAGGACCCAGGCCCUGACCGGGCAGCCACACCCCCAGUGUGGGACCGCGGAGGGCCUGGAGGGUCCCAGCAGGGUGCUCCUUCAGCCCCAGACAGUGGCCAGCCUGGCCCUGGAUCUGGCCUUGGCCCAACCAGCACAGUCUCGGGGACCAGCGAGGACCUGAGGCCUCCCAGACGACGCCAACAACCAGGGAAGCAGAUACCCUGCUCCAGCCCUGGAUGCUGCCUCAGUUUCCCCAGUGUUCGAGACCUGGCACAGCAUCUGCGUACCCACUGCCCACCCACACAGUCCCUGGAAGGCAAGCUCUUCCGCUGUUCCGCCCUGAGCUGCACCGAGACCUUCCCCACCAUGCAGGAACUGGUGGCACAUGGCAAGCUGCACUACAAACCCAAUCGCUACUUCAAGUGUGAGAACUGCCUCCUGCGCUUCCGCACGCACCGCUCGCUCUUCAAGCAUCUGCAUGUUUGCGCCGAGCAUGCGCAGAGCCCAGCCCCGCCGCCACCCCCCGCCCUCGACAAGGAGCCCCCGGCGCCCGAACGUCCCCAGGAGUCAGACGCUGCGUCCGCGCCGGGCCUGCCGUUCCCGCUGCUCGAGCCCUUCACGACCCCCGCCCCCGCCCCCACCGGGCCCUUCCUGCCCUACUUGAACCCCGCGCCCUUUGGCCUAACCCCCCCGCGCCUGCGCCCCUUCCUGGCUGCGGCGCCCGGGCCGCCCGCCUCCAGCGCCGCAGUCUGGAAAAAGAGCCAAGGUGCCGGCGGCAGCCCGCGAAGACCCCAGGGCGGCUCCGACGCACCCUCAGGUGCGUGCAGGGCACGCGGCCCCGAGCCGCAUCGUGUGGGAGCACACGCGCGGCCGCUACUCGUGCAUGCAGUGCGCCUUCUCCACGGCCUCGCGGCCCGCCAUGACACUGCACCUGGAGGACCACCGCCCCAUCGCCCCCGCGGCCCCGGCGCCCGGGCAGCCGCGCCCCGACGCGCCGCCGGACCCGGCCCCGCUUGCACCCAAGGUGUCUCCGCUGCUGGCAGAGGGGGAGUGUCCGGUUUUCUCGCCGUUCUGAAUCCGGCCGCGGGCGGGGGGCGGGGGGAGGGGGGGCUCAAGUGUGGGUGUGGGUAGUUUUGUCGUUUUCGCGGGGCCUAAGAUGGAGAGGGUGGGGGGACAAUAAAGGAGACGCGAUGA